AUGACUCAAACAACAGCGACAGACUACCUUCUGGUAGACACUUCGAACGACCGCCUCAGUGUGUUACAUCACCAUGCAUUGCCAUCACCGUCGUCGACAAACGACACGUCCAUCACGGGCCAGCAAUUACAGCAUCAGUCAUUCAACAACAGCUUCCCCUCACCUACAUCCUCGAGCGCUUCAUUCGACAGCCCUCAUAAUUUAUUGUUUGAUCCUAACAACUUUCAAAACUUGCCCAUGGCUGUUCUGCAAUCCAUUUCAGCAUUGUAUCAACCUGCCUGGAGUAGCAACAGCAACGAUCUAUCGCCGUCAUCUUCAUUGUCGUCGCCGAUCGAUCAACACCUCCACCAUCAAGAUGAUCCCUUUCAUGUACCUUUCGAGGAAAAUGCGGCUGCCAUGGCUGCUGCUGCCGCUGCGUUGAGUAUGCCGCCGCCGCCUCAACAUCAUUCUGGUGUCGUCGCUCCUGAUCUUGGUCCUUUACCACCUACGACUACAGCACAACAACAUCAACGUACUCAUCAUUAUCAUAACCAUCAUCAUCAUCCUCAUCACCUUCAUCAUCUUCAUCACCAUCAUCCAACAUCAUCUGUCGUCGCACCACCCGAACCGAGUCCAGCGGCUAUCGGUACUACGGAGAAGCCUAAGGCGACACGUCCUCCUCGGCAACUUGAGUGUUACAAUUGUCAUGUCACCAAGACACCGCUUUGGAGACGUACUCCUGACCGUGCCCAUUCCCUCUGCAAUGCAUGUGGUCUUUAUUUCAAGCAGUAUGGAUCGCAUCGUCCUUUGCAUAUCCGUCAGAAGCAGCAGCAACAACAGCAUGAUCAGCAACCCAAAGUCAACAAUAACAAUAGCAACAGCAGCAAGGACCAAGAACAACAGCCAGCAUCAUGUGAAAAGCAGCAACGUCGUAGCAACAACAACAACAACACAAGCACCGCGUCUUCUCCAGUCUUGAACAACAACAAGAAGAUUUUGGCCCAUGCUGCUUCGACUGCUAAUGCCUCCACUCCUGGUCCUGACCUUACAACGACUGUUGCUGCUGUUACUACCACUAGCACCGCUAAUAACACCCAUACGACAGUGGCAGCAGCAUUGGCCACACCGAUCACCACCUCGCCAUCGCCUAUCAACAACACUGAAUCGUCUUUGGCUGCUGUUAGUGGCGAUUCAUCAUUACUCGGUCAGCUCUUCACCAUGGAUGAGCAACAACGGUGUGCCAAUUGCUUGCAAACGAACACACCACUCUGGCGUAAGAACGAACGUGGCGAGUCUGUGUGCAACGCUUGUGGUUUGUAUGCCAAGUUACAUCAUCGGGAUCGACCACCUACGAUGCACAAACAAAAAGUACAAAAGCGGCGCCGAGGCUGGUCUGGGGAAGAAGGCUGCAAUGAAGAAGAAGGACCAUCAUCUGGUACAGCAGCAGAAAGUAGCAACAAGAUGGCAAGAUUGGAUCCACCAAGUUCACUACCUACACCACCACUACCGACUACAAUGACCAUUCCAUUGGAUGACAAGCAGAAUGCUUCUUCAUGGCCACCAGAACAAUUCGACGAUUCGCGGUUCAGAAACUUGUUGGCACGGCUAACACCUGAACAGAUGCAGAACUUUCUGGUUGUUUUGGAAAGACGGUGCAGUGCGCUGCGAGCAAUGUUGUAUGGCGGUCAACAUCAACAAGAACAACAGUUUUCGUCUACACCGGCAACUACAGAUCUUCUUAUACAACAAACGUCGCCUUCAGUAGGUUCAUCGUCGUCUUCGUCUUCAUUGUCGCUGUCGACACCAUCGUCACCCACGCUCGAUGCUAGUUCGACUGCGGUGACAAAGUCACCACCAUUACAAUUCCAGCAUUUCUAA